AGGAAGUGUGUCUUAAACCAGUCACAGUGAGUCCAGGUUUGAUUCGACGCUGAGGGACGAUGGCUCCGACAUCUGUGUUCUUUCUGAUGUCACUGCUGAGCUGCACGACCACAGCUCAGCUGAUCGUGAGUCCGAGCCGGUCCCAGUUCUUUGACACACAGUCAGUGUCUCUGAGCUGUGAGGACGAAGGACCUGGAUGGACUCUGAGGAGGAACACCAGCAGACAAACCAGGGCUCAGUGUGGAAGACAGUGGGGGAAAAUGAAAGGUUCUACUUGUAGGAUCAGUGUACUGGUCCCUCUGGACAGUGGUGUGUACUGGUGUGAGUCCUCAGAGGGACAGACCAGGACCAGCAUCAGCCUCAGUGUGACAGGUGGACCGCUGGUCCUGCACAGUCCUGUCCUCCCUGUGAUGGAGGGACAGGAAGUGUCUCUGCACUGUCAGACACACCCUCCCUCCAACCGCUCAGCUGACUUCUAUAAAGAUGGAGUCUUCGUCGGCGCCGGGCCCGCGGGUCACAUGACCAUCCCCCAGGUGUCACUGGCUCAUCAAGGCGUCUACAGGUGUGACAUCACAGGAGUUGGACAGUCUCCGCCCAGCUGGAUGUCCGUCUCAGGAAAACCCACCACCACGCCUCCUCCUUCUCUAGCUCCUCCCACCCCGUCAGCGCUCCUCCCUCUUUUGUUCAGACCGCUCUGCUUCCUGGUGGUCUUGUGUCCAUACUUCAUCUCCACUCUGCUCAUGGUGUCUUGGUAUCGACAGAGACGCGCAAGGAACCGGUCCACCCGGGCUGAGAUGGGAUUGGACGACAACAGUGAUGACGUCAUCACAGUGCGUCAGUUCUGAGCAGCGGCCGGUCCGGUGCUGCAGGGACCUUACUGGACAUGUUAGUCUUAUUCCUCUGCUUUUUUUUUUUUGGAUGGUUCACUAUCGCAAAAAUGGACAUUUAGGUUUAAAACUAGCUUCAGUUACUCAGAAUUAGCAUUAUUAGCACUUUUAAUUUAAAAAAAUGUUGUUGUGGGAAAUGUGUUUGUUUAUAUUUACAAAACUUUGUAAACAAACAACAUAUAUUUAACUGUAAUAUAUUAAAAAAACAACACAUUUUUAAAAAUUUGUUUUAAUAUUUUGAAUGCAUGAACCAUGUGUCAGUGUUAUUUUUUUCUAUUUGUUGUCUUUUAUGUUUAUUCUUUUUCAUGAUUAUAUCCAGUAUUUCAGGGCAGUUAUGUCUGUUUUUAAGUGUGUUAUGGAAAUAAAACUUGACCUUUUAAUGUACAUUUUGUGCAAAAUAUAAACUGAAAAGUGUCCUCUUUCAUUGAUAAGAAAAGUAAAUAAAUAGGUCAUUAAUUAAUAAAUGAACCUGUCAUCGACGUAAAAUAAUUCCUUUUCUGCUCCAGUGAACUCAUUUUGACUCAUAUAAAUAUAAAUAUUCUUCAUAUGUUACCGAAGCUUCA